GACUGGCUAUCCGUUCCGCCUACAAGUGGUCCAUAAUUAAUUCUUUUUUGUUUAUAUAAAAGCAACAACAAUUACUUUUGCUUCGUUCAGUCGCAGAAAUAAAGUCGUUGAGCAAAGUGUAAAAGUGUUAAGUAGUGUUUCAUGUUGAGACAAAACAAUAUUCUUUGAAACUAAAUAGUAAAAAAUUAUAAUUAGCGGAAGGCGCUUGCUGUAAAGUAAAAAAAGUUAAGCGGAUAAAAACAAAGAAUCGUACCAAAAUUUUUAUAACAAAAUAUUUAUCGAAAUUAUUCAUUUAUUGCCGUUAAAAAAAAAUGCAAGCAAAUUUACCAAUUUUAUUGCUGCUAUGUAUCCUGAGUGGUCACAAAGUUUCGGCAGAUUUACGUUAUCGUGGCAAUGCAGUGCAUCCAGACUAUCCCGGUCAAUGCUACUACGAGGAACUCCGCCAGCCAAUACCCAAGAAUCAAUCCUACAAACCGAUUAAUCGCGAUGGACGCUGCGAAUCGAUUUACUGUCGCCAAGAUUAUGUAAUCGAAAUUGAAUUCUGCGGCCGCCAUAAUCUCCAACCAAAUGAGACCUGCCGCAUCGAAUCGGAUAUGCGGCGCGCAUAUCCAGCUUGCUGUCCGCGCUUAGUGUGUCAAACAGACAGCAAUUUCAUUUAAUUUGUAAUUGCGACUUAAUUGUUGAAACUUAAUUGUUUUAAUUUCGAGAAAUGGUCGUUGUUGUUGUAAUUGUGUUAAGUAAUUUGUCACGUUUAUAGUAAAAAUU